AGGAAAUCACGUAAAAUUGGUGAAGCUUCUGUUCUUGCAGACGGAAAUCAUUUUCAGUUAAAGCCAAAGAACUCAGCCAUGAUUUAUGGUGUGAUGAAUAAUAAAUAUCGAUAAAUAAAUAAAUGAAGGAAUAUAGCGAUUAUUGAUUUGGAAAAGUGAUGGCAAAAGGGAAAAUAAAGAAGUGGUGGACUCGCUCUGUGAAGAUCACCGCAAUCUGGUUAAUCUCAGCCCUCGCUUUCUUCUCUCUCCUCCAAAUCGCUCUACGGAAUUCCAUGAAUCGCCACACAAUCUCCAAAGCUUCUUCAAUUUCAAAUGCCGAGCGGAGAUCAAUACUUUACUCGAAAAUGGCCGAAGAUUUGGACGAAAACGGAGCUGUUUUUCUUAAACACGGAGAAACUUCUCAGUCUUUAUCGUUGUCUGAUCUUUUCACUCUAAAGGAUGAAAUAGUGACACCUGUGCUUAAAGCAGCAAAUCCACCCGUGCGGGCAAAUGUGCUGCAUUUAAGUACCGAGUUUUCUGAUCCAAUCUCGGAAGCUGUGAAGAAUAUAUUUUCCCCGUAUUUUGAUAAAGCAAUCUGGUUUCAGAACUCGAGUAUGUACCACUUUAGCAUGUUCCACGCUUCACAUCACAUAGCUCCCGUCUCUGCUUCAGAAACAGAGAUUGAAGAUGAAGUUAUGGCCGUAAAAUCAGUUGCAAAGGCUAUAUGCCCUUUGCAUAUAGUCAUCGAUCGAGUGGUUUUGACCUCGACUGGUGUGUUAUUGGGUUGUUGGCAGGUAGUCUCGGGUUCGGAUCCAGUAACUAUUCGUGCUAAACUAAAAUCUGCUCUACCACGUUCUCCACAAAAGCAGCUCUAUAACGAGGCAAUGCUUCAUACUUCAUUUGCAAGGCUUCUAGGUUCGCCUAAGAAGUUGACCGAGGAGGAAAAGAAAAUGUCGGAUAACCAAUUUUUUCACUAUCUCGUGGACAGACUAAACAACCAAAUUCGAGGACUAAAGGCGAAAGUGUCGGAACUGUGGUACGUGGAAGAGUAUGAUUUGCUUGCACUUGCAUUAAAUGGGAAAAUGAAGAUUCACGAGUUCAAUUUUGGUUGUUCGGAAGUCUAAUAUUUCCCAGAUAUGGGUUUUUUUUUUUUUUUUUUUUUUUUUUUUAAUACACUUAUUACUUACACAAGGAGAUGUGGAGCUAAUAUAGAGAAAACAAUAUAUAAUUGAUAAGAUAAGCUAUUAUAAAGUAUGAUAUGAGAUGUAAUAUUCGAUUCGAAUAAAGGAUCCGAACUACUUCAUUUGUUUCAAAAGAACCCUAAUUUAAGAUUUCGAUUCAUGUAUUGAGGAAA